UGCGGCGCGGGCGGCGCUGGGCCGAGGCCGGCAGCAUGGCGCAGCCGCCGCCCUUCGGCGGGCGCUUCCCGCCGCCGCCGUUCCGGGCCUUCCCGCCGCCGGCGGGGCCCUUCCUGCCGCCCGCCGCGCCCUUCCCCGGCCCCGCCGCCCGCCCGGGGCCCUUCGCGGCGGCGGCGGCGGCGCCCCCGCCUUUCCUCCUACCGCCGCCGCCGCCACCGGCCGGGCCUGAGGGCGAAGCGGGGCCGCGCUUCCCUCCGGGCGGCGGCCCCUACUUCCCGGCGGCUCCUCCGUUCCCGCCGCGGCCGCUGGCUGAGGAGGAGGCGGCGGCGCAGCGGCAGCAGGACGAGCUGUGGCUGUCGCAGUUCCUGGGCCGCCGCCGGGCCGCUCCUCCCCCGCCGCCGCCGCCGCCCGCCGCCGCCAGCCCCAGCAGCGCCCGGGAGCUGGCGGUGGAAGCGCUGGGGCGGGUGGCGCGGCUGGCCUCGCUCUGCCGGACCCUGCGGCGGCGGGAGGCCGAGGGGGACGAGGCGGGUUGGGCCCAGGCGCGGGAGGAGGCGGAGGAGGCGCGGCGGGAGCUGCGGGAGGUCGUGCGGCCCCUGAGGGAGCCCGGCUACCGGGAGGCCCUGCGGAGGAAGGCCGAGAGGGCGAGGAAGAGGAGGCUGCGCCUGCAGCGGAGGAAGCAAGAAGCCAGGGCAGCCAAGGAGGAGGAGGCGGCCCGGGCCGCCGAGCGGGAGGCCAAGAUCGACCAGUGGAGAGCCAAGUGCAUCCAGGAGGUGGAGGAGAAGAACCGGGAACAAGAACUUAAGGCUGCUGCAGACAGUGUCUUAUCUGAAGUACGGAAGAAACAAGCAGACACAAAGAGGAUGGUGGACAUCCUGCGCGCAUUAGAAAAGCUUCGGAAACUGAGAAAAGAGGCCGCUGGCAGGAAAGGUGUUUGUCCGCCCCCCUCAGCAGACGAAGCAUUUGAAAAUCAGGUGGAGAGUCUCAAAACUUUGCUGAAAAAUCGCACAGAGCUGUAUGAAGCUGAGGAGAGAGCAUUAAGAGUUAUGUUGGAGGGAGAACAGGAGGAGGAAAGGAAGAGAGAAAUGGAAAAGAAACAGAAGAAGGAAAGGGAAAAAAUACUACAGCAGAAACUCGAAAUUGAUUCCAAGCUGUUUGGAGAUCCAGAUGAAUUUCCUCUAGCCCACCUAUUGCAGCCCUUCAGAGAGUAUUACUUACAAGCUGAGCAUUCUGUAGCAGCUCUAAUCCAGAUCAGGCAUGAAUGGGAUCAGUACUUGGUGCCAGCUGAUCACCCUGAAGGAAGCUGCAUCCCUCCAGGAUGGGUUCUUCCGAGUCUCCCCACAAACGACACUUGGGCCACUGCUGUCAGAUAAUUUAGUAAUAAAUUAUUUUAACGUUGGAGGAAUGUUUCAUUAUAAUUGCGCAUGCAAACAUGAGAGGGUCUGAGGAGGAAGUCUCAUCCUCUGUUUUGGUAGCCAGGUGCUGGAGUGUCUUGAAGAAAAGCGUAAGAACUGUUUUUGCCAUCUGACUCUGCAGGGAAAUACCUGAGCAAGCCCAAAGCUGCUAGGCCUCUUGUGGCCUACAGUCCCGCUGCGAGUUUUGUUAACGCAUCUCAAUCUUAAUAAAGAAACAUUGCUGACGAGGGUAUUUGUGCCAGUAUUAACAUCCUAUUUUUAGUGGCUUUUAUCUUUAUAAGCCUAAAUCCAGAUGAUGAAAUCUCCAGAUAAUCAAGAAGUUUAAAAAAUAAAUGAGAUAAUUAGUAAACAUGUUUUUCUUCUUAAAUGAAGCAUGUCAGGCAUUACUGUCAAAAUAGUUCCUGUAUUUUUGUGUGUAGAAACGAACCUACUGCAAGUUUAAACAAAUUCUGAAGUACAAACAAGACAGGGUUUUUCAAGGUUGAUUAAAGCAGCUGUUGACAUUUUACUCUUGUGGACUAAAACUGGUACCACAACAUGGAAAAAAUUCCCAGUUGUGGUGAAAUAGGUCAGACAGCCAUGUGAAUAUAUAUAAAUUUGAUGAAUAAGCCUGCUGGAAAAAAAAUAAAACCUGAAGUCUAACCUACUGUACUUUUUUUUGCCUAUAUAGCUAUUUUUGUAUAGGGAUGGAUCAUGUAUAUAGUAUUUGAUUAAAAAAUGCAGCUUUAUUUUGUAAGUUGUUUUUUGUAUGGAAUAAAUAGAGAAAAAUGGAA